CCUCCUUUUUUGUUUUUAGGAUUUUGGCCUCAUGUGGUUGAUCAGUCGGUUACAACUCACCAAGUCAUCGUUGAUGGAAAACGGGAGGUUGGUUCGUCGUCUACGACGUUUCUCCUCGUCUAUGACUCAACAGACCACCGCUGUUCAUCCCAAAGUCACCAGCGACACCGACGACACCGCUGCAGUGCAUCCUAAAGUACAAAAGCUGGUGGACGAAAUCAUCGAAUUGAAUAUGAUCCAAGUGAAACAGUUGACAGAACAACUCAAGGAACGUUUAGGUGUCAGCGACAUGCCCAUGAUGGCAGCUCCCACCAUGUCGAUGCCACAAGGAGUUGCCCCUUUUACAGAAACCAAAAAGGAGGAAGCACCCAAAAAGGAGGAGAAAACGGAGUUCUCGUUGAAAUUGGAAGCUUUUGAAGCUGCUAAAAAGAUCCAGGUCAUCAAAGAAGUGAGAGCGUUAGCAGGUCUUGGUUUGAAGGAAGCGAAAGAGUUGGUGGAAGGGGUGCCCAAGGUUCUUAAAACAGGUGUAUCCAAGGAAGAAGGUGAAAAAAUGCGCGAUAAGCUGAAAGAACUAGGUGCAACUGUAGUUUUAGAAUAGGUGCUUGCUCUUUCCAUAAGGCAUAAAAUGGUCUUUAUCAACCUCUCUUUUCACUGCUGCUCGCUUUCCUCUUUCAAACUACCACCGUGCACUCUUGAUCUUCUGGUCGUACACAUAAUAGCCACCAAAAUAACAACCACAAAACAACAAUAUUCCGGGUAACAUAGCGGGGAGAUUAUCCGAUACCUUUCUCCUUGCUUUCGUCAUGAGAAGCUUCACAUCCGUCAGGUCAGCAAAAAGUUUCUGCUCAUUGGGUGAAACAAAAUAUUCAAUAACUCCCUUUAUUUUAUAAGGAGGUGCCUUGGGUGGCAUUGUAGCAUACAAAAAACAAUAUCGAGCAAAAUAACGAAUCUACCCAAAAGACAACAGGUCUGAGAUAAACUCUGACAUGCAAGCAUGAAUGUACUGACAAACAAAAAAACUAUCAUGUGACAAGUUGCCAAAACGCAAAUGAAAAGGAUUGGCAAUAAUGAGAUGCAAGCCAUAAUGUAAUUAUCUAUACGAUAAAAAUAUCAAAUAGGAAAUUUACUCUUUAUCACAUCUUGGAAACUCAACUUUUAUUAUGGUGAAGAUACAUAUAUUAAAAACUUUAAUAAAAAUAAGAUGUCAGCA